CUCGAGGCCGUUGCAAAUGGUUUCUGAUGGAGAGCCGUCCGGCAUUGCUCUUUACAACGUUCAUUGUCAACCAAAGGACAAGAAAUUCUUACUGGAAGUCAUUUAGCGAUUGAGCCACCUUGUAUGCACUGCAGAUCUCGGUUUCCUCAGGCCGGGAAUGGAAAUGGACCCACAGCCCAAUGCCUAUAACUAGAUCGAACUUCAAAGCUUCAUGCAAUACUGACUAUCCAUCUCUAUCAACAACUACUUUGAACACAGUAAAGGAACCUCGCAAAAGUAUGACUACACAGAUCACAGGAGGGUGGAAUUCACUUCCGGACAACAUUACAUUCCUUCGUCAAUGCAUGCAGUAUUAUGAUUCUCACCUUCGGAAUAUGCCAAUACAACUUCAGAGGUAUAAUGCGCUCAAAGUGCAGUGCGAAGCUCUUUUUCGCGGGAGCGGUUUCCGAAAGCUGCCGCUGGAGCUCAUGUCGGAAAUAUUUGUCCAUUGCCUGGAACCUGUGUCAUGUCCAGAUGCUGGGGAAAGUUGCAGACCGCAUACCCAGUCUUCCGGUAUUGCGCUUGUCCUUUCGCAAGUCUGCAGACAAUGGCGAACGGUUGCGUUAUCGACACCGGCACUAUGGACCUUUCUGAACGUCGUCAUUCCUUUCACGAACGAUUUAGGUACCGUGUACCCUAACUUCAUCAACUGUUGUCUGGAACGAUCGCGUAUACUACCGCUGCACAUCGUCUUGUGUGCUUUUCAUCAAGGUGACGAAGAAACUGACGGGAAGGACGCUUUUCAAAUCAUAUCUCGUACUAUUAACAGACUCAUACCCGAGUGUUCUCGUUGGGAAUCUUUCGAGCUAAUGAUAGAUGCGAAUCCGUGGUUCAAUAUCUCGACUCCUUCAUUCUGUCCUAUAUCUCCAACAGGAACACCGACUUUGCAGUCGAUAAAGGUUUGUAAUCGGUCGGGACGCUUUCCAAGCUUAGCUGCUUGGAUAUCGGACCUCAUGCGCAGCUCUCCAAACCUACGGAAUAUUUGUUUAGACUCAGGAGAAGGAAUCCAGUUUGCGGACAUCUCCUGGUUUCACCUGCAAAACUUCGAAGUCUGGGAGGAGAUCGAACUGAAAGAUCUGUUCAUUCUCUUUGAGAAUUGUCCAAAAUUACGGGCCUGCACGGCGUGUUUGUACUCAGCCGUUCAUCUGGUCAUCGUGUCAUCUCCAGAAAUUGUGCUGAACCAUUUGCAUACUCUGACUUUGACCGAUGUCGAGGAGAGUGAUCUAAAAGCAGCAUUCUGCUGGCUGACUUUGCCUGCGCUCAAGAAGCUGAUCCUCAAUGGGUUUUGCAAUACAGAGUGGCCGGAUGGGUCUUUCUCAAACUUUUUGUCGAGGUCCGGAUUCAGCCUAGAAGUCCUUUCCCUGACAGAUCUGGCUUUUUCGGACGCACAUCUUGUAUCUUACCUUCGUCACUCGUCGAUUCACGAUUCGCUUGAGAAGCUGGUAAUUGAAUCACAAGGGGAAAUUAUCAGCUCAUUCUUGCUCGACUUUCUUACAUUCAAGCUGCCCUCUUCCGAUACGAAUACGAUGCAUGCACCUGUCCCACUACUUCCGAAACUCAACAGCAUCCUUUUCAACGUUAAUGCCAUUACUCAGGCGGUUGCUUUGAGGCACUUUGUUGCUUCUAGGUGGUAUGACAUCGCGACGUACGAGGUUCCACUUCCUGUGGCAUGUUUGAAACAUAUCCAUUCGAAUUACUAAAUCUCGAGGGACUGAAGUGAGAUUGGAGACGAUAGAUAUGCCUUGGGACUCCGACCCGUACGCCGGCAUCGAGAGAAUGAGUAUUGAUUUAGUUUUUGAGGGCAUAAUAUGAUAGGAGGCUUCAUACAAGGACUUAGUAGGGAUGGAAGCUAGUGUGCAUAUCGAAAUUCUUGUUUUCCAUAUAGAUUUCAAUAG